AAUGUGAGUGAUAAUGGUCGUGUGAAAUAACGUCUCGACUUUCUCCUAAUUUUAAUAUUCAGUGUCAGUGUCCUUUUUUACGACAGGAUAUUUAGGAGAAAUACGCCAAACAAAAUAUAAAUUCAAAGGAAACAUUUCAAUGAUGUCGGUGGGUUGGGGCAGCCUGCCACUUCUUCCGCUGAGAUGUGUACUGGAACAUCUGAGCACGGAGGAUGCAUUGGCAGCGACGUCCGUCUGCCGCCACUGGCGCACCGCCCUUCUUAUGUACGAGGGACGCAAGGAAACAUUGAAACUAAGAGUGAAGCAACUGGACAAAAGUAUGUUCUUGACGCGCUUGUUUAGAAAAUACACGAGGCGUCUACACAUCUACAUUGACUGCAGCGAAGCAGAGCUUGAGGAUUUUAUUAACUAUGUACUGCCUCAAUUCUUCGACACGCAGAAGUUGAUUGAAGUGAUAUUCAUAGGUCCGAGCUAUAUAAAACAGAACCACCAUGCACCACUGGUUAAAUUAAAGAGGUAACCAUUUAUUUUCGUUAUAAAUAAAGAUUUUUCUUAGAUUUUUUUUGUUAUAAAUGGCAUAAUUGUAGGAUUUUUUCAUAUAUCGUGAAGGUGUUUUACAAACAUAUGUGGUAGAGCCACGCUGCAGCUAUUUUAGUUGUAGCGGCUCGUCUCGACCGGGGAAGGACCACGCUCUCAGAGAAUACCAGCGUAAAAUAGCAGUUUAAUGCUGCUGUGUUUCGUAUGGUGAGUGUAGGGAACCGGAGACCCUUUUUACAGGUAACGGGACAUUCCAACUUAGUCCUCAGGGGUGACAACGCAUAUGCAUUUUGAUUUUUAUUGGAGAAUAGAUGGAGAUGCCUUUGGACCACAGCAUCCACUUACAAUCAGGUGGCCAGGGUUCCCUCACGAUGCUUCUCUUCACUGAGUACGUGGUAAAUUAGUAAGCCACCAAAUAGGAGUGCAAGCACUCUCUGUUCUGUUCCUACCCGAAAGAUAUGGUGAGCCAGUAUUAUUACAGACUGUUAUGCAUUCCAUUUUAGUCCUCGUGUACUUAUGUAUAGCUUUCCUUUUUUUUUCGGCUGCAGCUGUCGCUGAGCUGCAUGAGCCACUUACCAUCAGGUGGACUGUAAGUUCGUUUGUCAUUUUACUUUUAUAGAAAAAUACCAGCGCACGCCUCAUAACGCAGGAGCGGGUGGGAUUACUCUAUUCUCGACAUGCCGCUAUGUGACGAUUUUACAAUAUAAUAUUGUUAGUGUCGCGCGUAUAGGCGCACGUAUCGUACGGACAAUUUAUUUGAAAGUUAUAUAUUAUUCAAUUUCAAUGAAUGUAUUAUCUUUUCGAAAAGGCUUUAGCACCAUAUACCACAUACAUACCCGUCGGCAAAUGGUACAGAAGUCCGAAGAGUACAAUUUGCCACUAUCUCUGGCGUAUGUGCACUAUGAGAAAGCCUUUAACUCCGUCGAAAUUGAGCGGUGAUGCAGUCCUUUCAACGGUGCAAAGUUGACUGUCGGUAUAUCGAAGAGCUGAAGUGUUUGUACAGUAGGGCUACGAUGGCUAUCCGAGUACAGAACCAGAGUACGAAACCUAUCCAAUUGCAGAGAGGUGUAAGACAGGGUGACGUCAUAUCCCCGAAACUCUUCACCGCUGCAUUGGAAGACGUUUUCAAGCUACUGGACUGGAAAGGAUACGCUAUUAACGUCAAUGGCGAGUACAUCACUCACCUUCGAUUUGCCGACGAUAUAGUCCUUAUGGCAGAAUUGUGUCUCCCAACGGGUACGGAUAUGUAGGUCUUAAGAUGAGCAUGGACAAAACAAAAAUCAUGUGUAACGUUCAUGUCAUACCUAUGCCGGUAGUUGUUGGGAACACUAAGCUCGAAGUUGUUGACGAGUAUGUUUACCUGGGACAAAUAGUCCGACUAGGUAAGUCCAACUACGGCCGAGAGGCCAGUCGACGGAUUCAAAUCGGUUGGGUAGCGUUCGGGAAAUUACGGCAUAUUUUCUCGUCAGGUAUACCUCAAAACUUAAAAACUAGACUCUACAACCAGUGCGUGUUGCCAGUGAUGACCUAUGGAACUGAAACGUGGCCCUUCACUGCUGGCCGUAUGAGGAAAUUCAAGGUCGCUCAGCGAGCUAUAGAGAGGGCUAUGCUCGGGGUUUCUCUGCGUGAUAAACUUAGAAAUGAUACCCGCACUAGAACCAGAGUUACCGACGUAGCCCAAAGGAUUAGUAAGCUGAAGUGGCAAUGGUUCGGCCAUAUAGCUCGAAGAACCGGCAGCCUCGUACCGGCGGACGAAGUGUAGGGCGUCCCCCCACUAAAUAGAGUGAUGAUCUGAUAAGACAUGCAGAAAGUUGAUGGAUGCAGGUGGCUUAGGACCGUGCUCUGUGGGCCUCCUUGGCGGAGGCCUAUGUUCAGCAGUGGAUUUGUGAAGGGCUGUAUUGAUGAUGAUGAUUAUCAUUCCUAAUUAAACUAAAUAAUUCUUCCAAAUUGAAAAUUAUAUUUUCACAAUUAUUUUCACGCGGCAGAAAUGUACUGGGUACCAACUAGUCUUUAUAUAAAUAAUUAUACUGUACGUGUGUUUGUCACUGAACUCUCCUCCUAAACAGUGGGACAGAUUUUUGUGUUAUUGAGUGGGUCCCUGGAUGAUUUGGGUUCAUAAUUGGACCCGGUAGGUGGUGAUAUUGAUUAGAUCCAUAAAUCUGCCGUGUGAAGCCGGGGUGGAUCGCUUGUCUUUUGUAUAAACUUUGAGUAGCGCUUAUAAACAUGUUUGUGUUUGCAGAAAAAUAACAGAGAGCUUGCUGUUCAAACACCUCCACUGCAUACAGAGGUUGGCGUUUAUGGGUUGUGAGAUGAGCACCGCAAAGAAUGUCGAAAACGAGAAGUAUACGGUAAAUUACUUUCAACAUUACAGCACAAAUUAUAUGCACUCAUGUUACAUUCACAUCUCUAGUGGUUAUCAACCGAACUCAACAUUUGAUGUCGUGGGGCUAGCUUGUUAUAAUGUAAUAGAUAUAAUUUGCUAUAAUUUAUAUCAAUACGCAAAAGAAAAGCUCAUACCUACAUAUUAACUAUACGUUUUAUUCAUUCACACACCCUCCUCACACUACACACACUAUACUUACACUAUAUGGCUCAGCCACACUGGACUCCUCACGUUGCCGCGAUGUUGCCUUCUCUGCCCACACACUGCUCUACUCGCGCCAAUAAUCGCAACGCUGGGACUUUUGGCUGGAACUUGAACGGUGGAGGAUUGCUGCGCUUGUUAUUGUUUAAAUAAUGGUUUGAAGUGGAUUUUGAUAUGUAAAAGUGGUGCGUUUUUGUGUAUUACGUGUCUUCGCAUGUGAACUAUUAGUGGAAACGGUGAAACAAGUGCGCUGAUGGUGAUGUGAUUCUCAAGAUAAGGUGUCUGUUUUCUUAGGCGCUUCGAGCUACCAUCGCCAACUGUCAGCUAUCUGCUGGCUCAAGUUGCCGUCAAAAUCUCCCAAGGGCUGCACAAUGUGACGCAUCAACAUAUUAUGAAGCAGUGUAAUAUGAAAGAUAAUAUUAUACAUUGUAAAUGUAACUUCAGACUCAGAAGGGCUAGAACCCAGAGCCGUAAAGCCAGUUAUUAAAAAAAAAAGCAACGCUCCGCACAAGGUCGCUCGCUUUUGCAACACAAUGGUUUAUGCAACUGUGGCAAAAUGCGCGCUAUAUGCAUAUUGAGUAUAACUAAUUAUAUCAAUGUCUUG